AACACCACAGUUGUCAUUUUUUACUCAAGCUGUGCUGAUGCCGCGGCACUAAUUAUUCUAUUUACACCAAUUUUCGUGUUAUAAUUAAUGAAAUUGAUGUGUUUUUGUGUUUAAUAUAAACUGUGAAAGAUGUCCAAUAUAAAAAUAUGCCGAAUAUGUCUCUCAACUGAUGUUAAAAUGUAUGAAUACGAUCAAUUUGAUCUGAAGAGCUACUAUGAAGAGAUUAUGGCCACUAAAGUAAAUGAAAAGCAUGGUCUACCUAAAUGUUUCUGCUAUCAAUGUGCAGCUCUACUACAUAAGUUCCAUAAGUUUAAGGAAAAGUGCUACAUCGGGCAGAAGGCUCUCCGAGAAAUAAUAUGGAAGGGACCUCUAACAAAAAAAGCAGUCAGAAACAUAGACAGAGAAAGCAAAAACAUUCUAAUACCACUAAGCAUAAUAACUGUCAACAAAAGAGUACGGACUUGUGUAGUAAAAACUUCAAAUAAAAUGAAACUACAAGAAACAAAACCAAUUGAAGUAGAUGUGGCAUCUCUCAGUGACGAUGGGGAUUUCGCUGACGAUACAUUCGAAGACAACAAAGAACAUCUAAUAGAAAUUGACAUAGAAAAGAUAGACAUAAAAGAAAAGAAAGAAGAUUUUAUUGAACUAGAAAAGAUAGAGAAAGAUAAAAUAGAAUUUGAAGAUCUAGAACCAAUUGAAGCUAAAAUACAGCCAACGGAAACAUUUGAAAUAGAAAAGGUCUUUACCGAUGAUGAGAUGCCGAGUGACAAUGAAAAAGUAUUUGUUGAUGAUAUAAAGAUUAUAUCAGAAGAUGAAGAAGAUUAUGAACCAGAAGUACCUAAGAAGAAAAGAACAAGGAACAGUGGUAAUAGUAAAAAGAAGAAAGCGAAAGAAUCAAUACCUAAAGAGAAGAAGUUUGCAGUUAAAACUACUAAAAAGGCAGAAAUGGAUCCGAAUAACUGGUUGAAAAUCAAUUUGACAGAAGAGGAGGCUGAUGCGGAGUUUAAAGCUAGAGGGCAGCACAAGCGGUAUUUGAAUGCUCAGUACAAAUGCACGGACUGUUUGAAAGGAUUCUCUAAAGAGGAUAUGUUGAAGAGGCAUGCUAAGUUAAGACAUAGUGAGUCAAACGGACCGAUAGAGUGUCGUUUCUGCCACAUGCGGUUCAAAUGGAAGUGCUUCCUGAACAAACACAUGCGGCAGCACUAUACUAAGUACAAAUGUCUGCGCUGUGACCUCGUCUGUCCUUUAGAAACUACAGCUCUGUUCCAUGAAGAAUAUCACAACGGUGUUACGAGGAAAUGCGAUCAUUGCGGCGAAGAAUUCAAACAUCUAACAACGUACUACACGCACCUACGCACGCACCGCAGCGAGCACGUGUGUACUCUGUGCGGCGCGUCCUUCGUCAGUGUCACCGGACUGGGCAUACAUAAGAAGAUUAAACAUGUUAAUGCUGAGUCUGAACUGCCACAAGGCGAAGAGCAAUACUGCCAGAGAUGUGACGUCAAGUUCGAGACGAGGAAGGCGUAUGAAGAACAUCUGAUACAUUCAGCCAUGCAUGUGGAUGGGAUAGAAGACUUAGAAAUAAAUGCACCUCUCACUUCUAACCCCAGGAAACGGCGGCAGAAUCUCAAGAGGCUGACUCGAAUACCUACUGAUUGUCAUAUUUGCGGCAAACACUUCGCGACGCAGGCGGCGUGUAGGAAGCACCAUCUAGCGGAACAUCCCAGAACUUCGUUCUUCGCGCCCAACGAGAGACAUAUCUGUGAGAUCUGCGGGAUGUCGUUAGCGCCUGGCAGUGUCUCCAGCCACCUAAAUACUCACACUCGGGAGAAGCUUUACACCUGCAACACUUGUGGUCGACAGUUCAGCAGUAAGGGAGGCAUGACUACUCAUCAAUUGACGCACACAAGCGAGAAGCCUGUAGCGUGUACUCUAUGCGACAAGCGGUUCAAGCAAGUCAGCAGUAUGAAGCUACAUUACAGGACCUUCCAUUUGAAAGAACCGUAUCCUAAGAGGAAUAGAAAAAAGAAAACGGACGAACUGUCGAAAGAUGACUAUGUACACGAAGAUUCGGACGACAAUAUGACACUAGAUAACUUCUACGCGCGCAAGUUUUAGAUUGUAAGUUCUAAAUAAUUUAUUUAAUACUCAUACUUUUUGUGUAUAUGAGACUUUUUACGUUAAAAUUGCUGGACUAUUAUACUCUUUAACCGGACCUUAGGGUGUAAGGCAGCUAAAGGAGACUAAAAAAUUGUAGAAAACUCAUAAAAUCCAAUAAAUCUAUUGUUUUAACGCUAGUAAACUAGAUGGCGCCUCUGUCGUUGAAGGCGUUGUCUAAUAUUUAUUUGUUAAUCAAAGAACAUUAGAGAAAAAAUGUUUUCUCGUUAUUUUAUUAUGCCCCUUUGUAUCAAUAUGCACAAUUUUACUGUGAAUUUUGUUAUUGGUUUUUAGUUUAAAAAUCAUGAAGUUCUCUAAAAAUAUAUGAUUCGUAUGAUCCAUUGUUUCGUUGUUAUGAAAAAGAAUCAGUGAAUAAGCAUUUUUUUAUUAAUAAAACUACACUGAAGUAAUUUUAAUAAAAUGUAAAUACUUCUUGUACCAAUAAAAUUAUGUAAAGGAAAUAGAGUCGAUAGCCAUAAUAAUGAUUUGAUUACAAUUCGACUGUACAGUUAAAACUAGGCGUGCAUUAGAUCCUAACACCGGCUAUAAUACGGCAAACGAAACGUACUACCGACUGCUAGG